AUGUCUCCCUCAUCCUCCAUAACCGCGCUGCCGCCACACAAGCCAGACACCUACACAACAGCUCACCACAUCGGCAAGCCGCCCACAAGCUUCAAGAACCCAUGGCCUUCAUAUAAGAACGACGGCGUAAUCGCCGCUUUCCGCACGCGCUUCAGCACCCCGAAAAACUUCGUCCCCAUACCCGCCGAUCGAUUAGGCCUGGUCGAUGUGCGCAAGCCCGACUUCAGUAAUACGAAGAACGGGUUGAAGGCAACAUGGAUAGGACACGCUAGUUUCCUGGUCGAGACAACAGCUUCAGAAGGAAAUCAGAGAGGGAUGCGCAUCCUUCUCGACCCUGUAUGGAGCGACCGCGUAGGACCUUAUAGCAUGGUUGGUCCUGUACGGUUUACACCUCCACCAUGCACCAUCGACGAGCUACCCGAAAUCGAUGCUGUUUGCAUAAGCCACGACCACUACGAUCACCUUGAUUCCGACACGCUGAAGAAGCUGAAUGCGAAACAGAACGGAGACUUGCGCUUCUUCUGUGGGUUGGGCGUCAAGUCCGUCUUGACGGGGCUUGGCGCAGGUAUCAAGGCCGACCAAGUCGAAGAGAUGGACUGGUGGGAUGGCAUAACAGUAUUCAAAAAGGGUGCAGGGGGCGUAGAACUAGUAUGCACGCCUGCCCAACACCGAUCUGGACGUACGCCCUGGAACUUCGACGGCACCCUGUGGUGUAGUUGGAUCGUCAAAGAGCCCUCUUCAUCUGGCAAGAAACUCUUCUUCGCUGGAGAUACAGGAUACUGUCACGUUCUGUCCGACGAUCAAUACUCACACCACGAUGCGCCGCAUCCACCUUGUCCAGCCUUCAAGGAAAUCGGCCAUUUAUACGGUCCUUUUGAUUUGGCGCUUGUGCCUGUUGGUUGCUUCAAGCCGAGAUCGGUUUUGUCGGGUCAGCACUCCAGUCCGGAGGAUUCUCUGGCUAUACACAGGGAUGUGAGGAGUAAGAAAAGUAUAGGUAUGCACUUUGGUACGUUCCGUGGUGCGUACUCCGCUAGCUACGAACCAGUCACUGAGCCGCCUGAACGUUGGCGAAAGGGUGCAGAGGCGGAUGGUUUGAAAUGGGGAGUUGAUGUUGACUUGUGUGAUAUCGGCGGCACGGUUGUGGUGUAA